UAAGUAAGUAAGUGGGAUGAGAAUGGGGGAUGUAGUGAGUGAAGAGAAUUCCCCAGUUAAUAAUUGAUGGUCCGCUCACGCUCUCAAUAAUAAUCGUUAAUGGCCCGAGGGAGGGUAAGAGACGCUGCAGCAAAGCACAAGCAGAAUGAAGGUGUCCGACUCGCACCCUCACACACACACACACACACACACACACAUGCACUCAAGCACACACGCACAGCACACACACACUUACCACACUCACACUCACACAAACGCACGUACAUGUAUGUACCUACUGUACACCCCCCCGUGUCGAAGGUUCAAAAAGCCGGGGAUGGUGAGGGGAUGGCAUUGAGGAUGGCGAUUGGACCUUUCCCAACUGACGACUAGCAGCAUCAGCAUCCACUGUAUGUAAGGUAAGUUAUGUAUAUGUAUGUAGCAUGUAGCAUGUAUUAUGUACGGGGUAUUAUGGCUCAGGUAU